AUGCCCAUGAUAGGCAUGGACGAGGAUGGGGAAGAGUCAGAUGAUGACACACCGGCGACCACACAGCCGCGCAACGCACUGCGAAGCAUGGUCAACAGCUUUCUGACGCCCAGUGCGCCGAACCAGUUCACAGCAAUGAGCCCGGUUGAGAGGGAGUAUGAGCGGCAGGCAAAGUACCCCACUGCUGACUCAUCGGACCUCAACGGGGGAGAUGAUGAGGGGUCCAAGGGGGCGCGAACGCCGAACGUUCUCGGCAGCGGCGGCUCGGCGGCGGUCAUGUCUUACCACGGCGGCAAGAUUGUCACCAGCUCGCUCCAAGUCUACCUGAUCAUGUAUGGUGACUGGACGUCACAGCCGCAGGUGGUGAGCAUACUGGCAGAGUUUCUGAACAGCCUGAGCGGCUCGCCCUGGAUGAACAUCAACAACAGCUACUAUGACAAGGCCGGCAACAGUGGCACCUCACAGGUGUCACAUGGCGGCACCUGCUACGAUGCUUACUCACACGGCUCCAGCCUCUCUGACGCCGAUGUCCUGGCUGUGGUGAAGACAUGCAUAAACAGCGGACUGCCACGGGACCGUAACGGCGCAUACUUUGUUAUCACCAGCCCGGAUGUGGCUCAGGGCGGCUUCUGCUCCAGCUACUGCGGCUGGCACGAUGACCAGGAUGGCCUCUAUUAUGGGUUUGUGGGCAGCGUGAAGAGGUGCCCACGCACCUGCGAGUUCCAGGCCAAGGGGCCCAACGGCGGAUCGGCGGCGGACGGCAUCGCGUCAAUUUUUGCGCAUGAGCUGUCGGAGAUCAUCUCUGACCCAGACGCCUCUGCCUGGUAUGACUCGAGGGGAGAAGAGGGAGCAGACAAGUGCUCGUGGAAAUAUGGAGAGACAUGGACGGCCUCAAACGGCGCCCUGGCAAACAUCAAGCUCAACGGCAAGAGCUACAUGAUCCAGCAGAACUGGGCGAUCGGCAAAGGCUGCUCCAUGGGCUGGUGA